AUGCGAUCUAACAUGGAAAUGUCUGGGCCGAGGGGUGGGCCGCAUUCUGGGCCAGGAGGAAUGUAUGGACCCCCAGGUGGAUAUCCUCCAUAUGGAAUGAUGCCUUCUGGUCCCCCGCCUCAUGGGAUGCCUCCUCACAUGUUCAGCAUGCCACCUCCGCCUUAUGGUAUGGCUCCUCCCUCUGCCUAUGGUGGGGCAACAACAAUGACAAAGGAAGCAGAUGGUGGUCAAGCAGUGAUCUCUGCUGCACCCCAGCUGAAUGCUUCCCAUGUAUCUUCUCGGGAUGGUGCUGAUAGUGAUAAGAGGAGUCAAUGGACUGAGCAUAAGGCACCUGAUGGUAGGACAUACUACUACAACAGUAUGACAAAAGAAAGCAGCUGGGAGAAGCCAGAUGAACUGAAAACACCUGCAGAGCUCUUGCUCUCGAAGUGUCCAUGGAAGGAAUACAAAGCAGAGAAUGGCAAGACAUAUUAUCACAAUGUGGACACCAAGGAUUCUUCCUGGACUAUGCCCAAGGAGUUGGAAGAACUGAAAGCCAGGGUUUUGGCUGAAUCAAUGGGAGAUGCUCUGAAAGAGAGGGAGGAAGAGAAGGGAGGACGGGACAGCACAACUCCUCCAGGGGAAGGUGGUGAAGGAGAGAGGCUUGAAGAGGAAGAGGGGUAUGAGGCUGCCUCACCUCACACUCCGAGCAGCCUUACUCCUGAUCCAGGCACCAUUUUCCCUCCUGCUGGCCAUCUGAUGCCAUCAGAAACAAACAAAGGCACCAUUUUCCCUCCUGCUGGCCAUCUGAUGCCAUCAGAAACAAACAAAGGUGGUGGAAGCUCAGUCCUUGACCAAGCGAUGGCUGCUACUCUGGCUGCCAUACAUAUGCCAACUCCUUUGACCAUCAAUGAAAGAGAUGAAGGGGAAUUAGAAGAAGGAGGGGCAGAGGAUUCAUCAGAUGAACACUCAUGUAACUCCAGCUCCUCACACUCUAAACAUUCUCGUUCUCACAGCGUUCAGUUUUAUACUCCCUCCUCCAUCCUCUAUCUCACUUCCGGACAGAUGAGAUUGAGGAGGGGGAGGUCAGGCAACGUUCAGUCUUUUUCGAGCAUCUCCAAAAUGGCUCGUCCCCUGAGACAUCCUUUGUCCCCAGACAAGAUUUUGGAGCUCCGUGUCCAUUCUAGUCUGCGGCAUACAUUUCCGAGCAGCACGUUCAUCUUCACGAGGGGAAAUAUCAUACCUAUACUGGGAGAUUCAGAACCCCACAACAACUCGGAACAGUCUGCCUUUGCGUAA